AUAUCGAUCAUCAUCAUCAUAACAUUGUAUCGUUUAGUUGGUUGAUGAAUAUAAUGUCGUCUUUUGUGGCGUAUCUCUUCCUGUGUUUUUCUCUCAUGCAUGCAUGCAGUAGUGCCCGUCCACUUGGAAUGUUUGAUGAUAAUAAGGAAAAUGGUCUGCUCAUCUCUGCCAAUUCCAAGGGUUCAAAGCUAUCGAUAAUGGAGGAAUUUAGCGUGGAAGAGAAGUUGCAGGUGGAAAAUGGUGCAAGUAUCAGUCUUGUCAAUGGGGAUGGUGCAGUUUCCAUGGCUGAAACCAUAGAGGCUUUCAAGAAGAUUGAUGAUCAAGAAGAUAAAGGUGGAAAUGAGGUUGCGACGAUUUCUCUUCAAGAAUUUUUGCACGAAAAACUCAAAAUCAAGGGAUCACAGAAACGAGCACGUUCAACUUUAGAAUCUCGGGCGACACAGAAUUCAGAAGAAGAUGUGACCACCACGGGAGACAAUGACCCCGUGGCAGACGCCGUGGUUAUGGACUAUGCACAACCCCACCGCAAACCACCCAUCCACAACAGAUGAUAAUAUUAUCCCGGUAACGGUGAAAUCAUUUCUAAGGUGGUAACUUGUAUCACUAUUAAUUCUGAAAUAUCACCUUUUUACUAGUAAGUUGAGCAAUCAAGUCGUAGCUGGUACUGAUGAUAAAAAUGUUGGUUGAGUGGCUGUCCUUCAUAUUACGUUGUUUGUAUCAAAUUAAAUGUUAUGUGAAUGAACAAGAAAAUGCAUA